AUGCGAGAGUGCCCUAUAGAAGUUGGGGCGAGCAGUGACGCAAGGAAGUUUCUAGACGACGUUGUCGCGCUGCAGGAGGGGGGGUUUGUCAAACCCCUUCUAAGCGUUCUCUUCUUUGCGUCCUGGGCCAUGGAGCGACUGCGACAGCGCGACCGGCGCCUCUGGAAGGAGCUACACAGAGAUCUUUCGAGCGUCACAAGUUUUACCAUGAAGGAGGCGGCAAGUGAUUUGCGUCCAGUCGCCGCCUCACAUAUGUUUUCGUCCACCUCUGACGACCAAAACGGGUCGGAGAGUGAAAUGGAGGCUUCUGCCAAGCGUUUGGGCCCCGUGAGCGAGCAUGACACGCACAGCGACGGCCAGCCAUCUUCGACGUCGGCGGAGCCCCAACUGCCGAAGGCAACUUGUGAACAGCGCAGGUACGAAGAGGACGAGGAACUGGAGGAGGAGGAGGAGGAGGAGGAGGAGCAUAAUUCCGAGGAGAGCAGCGUUGGUACGUUCGUGGUAAACGCCGGUCUGCCCAAGACAAGCGUCACAGAGGCAAUGUUGUCGAACCUCAAAAAAGCGGCCAAAUUGAGGAAAGAGGCGAGGCUGAAGCGUUCAAAUCGAAUCAAUGAUCCAUCUCGCCUCCUUCAGAGGGAAUCUGUCGCGUUGUUUCUGCACUUUGCGUGCAUACUUCUUGUGCACAUGGGUUUUGGGGAUUUGUGCUUUGGAGAGAAGCCGGAGGAGCUGUCUUCACGCUUUUUUGUGGUGGAGAGCGCAUUUGAUGCACUUGGCAUCCUCCUGAAAGAUAUCUCUACGCAAGGAACCUUCCGCGCGUCGUCAAGCCUUAAACAGUGGUUGAAGCUGUCAUUUGCGCGACUGCAGCGUCGUUCGGCAAUGAUGAGGGGUCAGAGAAACUGGGAUGGCGGGGGAACUUCUCUGACCUUCGAAUCGUGUUUGUAUUUUGAGGGGACCGUCUUCGAUGUGGGCCGCUCGGGGACGCCGUCGUCGUCGGUGGAGCUCGUGCUAAAAGAGUUGUUUUUGAACAUCACGGGGCAAGGUCGCAAUGUACGUGGGCGCCACUUUCUUCUGCGUUGCCUCCAUGAGUUCUCGACGUGGCUGCGGCCCAACUCCUAUGAGGACAUCGAUGCCAACGCCUGGCGUCACUUGCUCCACUCUUACAUCUCACUCCUUUCCUUGAAGGUGGCGCGAGUGAUAUCGUUUUGUCUUUCCUACACAACAGGUGUGUUGGUGGUGGGGUGUGAUUUCCAGCACAAGUGGAUGGAAAGGACAGCCGUGCAGUUAGCGGGCGCAAAUGCAUUUAAGCGGUUUGUUACUGCGCUUUCUCGGCAGAUGAAUGCGCUACAAAACGAGUCUCCCUCAUCUGUGAUGAGGCCAUUUGUACGGGUCCAAGCGCACAAAUUCUGUGCUUCGGUUCUGAGGUCCCUGGCCUGCCUGCUGAGUGACAUCAUUAUUCAUGAAACGUACUACUGCACAGAAGUGCAUACGGGGCAGGCGGAGGGAAGGAAGCAGGAUGCGCUUUUACUUUCCGCUCCCUUCGGUGAUAACAGCUCAUUCCCGGCGCAUUAUCUCUUGACAUGUUUCUGGACGGGGUUUGCAUUUCUGCUUGACCCAGACAUGUGGCAGGCAGCGUGUGAUGUGCUGACGGUCUUUCAUCGCUACGGCUGUGCCCAGUUUCUCGGCACCAUUUCUCGCCCCCCGCUGCCGCUGCUGUAUCCGCUGGGCAUAAACGUUACGCCUGACUGUGAGGCUGUGCAACUUGUUCUGUUGCGCCAAGGCAAGGAGGACGUGGUGAGUCGGAAGAAAAGGGUAAACCCGACGUCUGCAGCGCAGGAGGAACAUGACGUGGAGCACACCGUGGAUGUGGUGCUGAACUACCUCAAUGAGUACGCGGGCGAGAAGGAAGAGCCUGCGGUGCUUCUGGCGUUUACAGAAUUGCUGCUGUUGUGUGAUUGGGUGUCGCUCGACUAUGAAACGCAUGCCCCGAGGUUCACGGCAUUCGCAAGAAGGGGGAUGCGUUCUCUAGAUUUCCAGGGCCAACUCCCUCAUAAGCUUUCCGCUCAAAGAGAAAUGGGACCGGCCCCGUCCUCCGUGUAUCGUCCUUUUACGCGUUACGUAUGCUACUUUGCGGAGUCCUGGAAACGGGGCCUGCUGUUGCUUCCACCGGGCUGUGAGAGGACCGCGGAGGGGUUGUCGUCACGCAUGAUGUUUAUGCUUGGGGAUUUUUUUCAUACCGCGCUGAAGAUCUUUGACGUUCCCUCUGUCGAACUCCUGCUGCAUCGGGUGAUUGGAGGGAGUUGUUGGAAGCAAGAGUCCGUAGAACUGGCAUCUUCGCUUUCAAAGAGCCGCCACACGGACCUUUGCUCGCUGCACAGCUGCGCCGACUCGUACCGAAAAAGUCAAGAGUUAAAUGCGGUUCAUGUGACUUCGUUUCAGCGCCAGUUUGAAGCGCUUGUCGUGGCGCCGUUUACGUUUUUGUUUCAGUCGCCAGAGACGCCGCUGCCGUUGUGGAGCAAGAUUCUCGCCCUGGUGGCGGCGCUGCUGCGUUACCAUGAGCAGAACCAUGGAUUUGUGACCGAUCAGUUGCUGAAGUUCCUGCCGGACAUUGAGCGGGGGCUGGGCGUGGGGACGGCGUCGAGCGCCUUCACUGAUGGGACGCCGCUGUACGACAGGCUCGUCGUGCUCGUCCUCGCGGAUGAGGUGUCGUCCAAGGUGAAGCGGCUGCGCAUGGCGGCGUGGACCAAGACGCCCUCCACCUCGCCCUUUGACUCCGGGAGCGCCGUGUCGCUGCUGGCGUCGCUGCUGGAUAAUCAGGCGUUUGUGGCCACUCUCAUGGACAAACUGACCACUGACCCCUUUUCGGCGUACUCCGCGACAAACACGGGAACCUCCACGCAAACGGAACUCGUAACGGGGCUCUCCAAGCCCAGCGCCUCGGGGCGCACGGACGAGUGGGAGCUGAAGCCGUCACAAACUGCGCCGAGGAAGUCGCGCGCGGAGUUGCAGCCUGAUGACGAAAAGGGACAGCAACCGCCGGUGGCGCCCAGGAAGAUCUCAGUCCUCCCCGAUGAGGAGGAGGCAUCCAGCCUCCUCAUGCAGAGUACACAGAGAUGUACGACGGUCUCUAGCUCACACCGCUUUGGCAGCUAUGUUUACGAAACGCUGCCCGGGGCGAGCAAUGCAGUGCAGCUGACGGGCCAGUUACCUCUCGAGUACUACUGCCUCACGGCGAAAGAAGCUCCCUCAGCCCCUGAUUUAAUUGUUACAGGGCGGAACAGCAAGGCUGAGGAGGCGCUGCCACUUGCGCAGGGUGCGCUUCCCGAGCGGUUCUUUUUACCACCAGGACACACCACGGUGUUUGCGUCAACUGCCACUGAGGCGUCUGCCGCAUCCUUGACUACUUCUACUGGAAAAAAACUCUUAAACAGUGACGACGACUCCUCAUUUUGUUCCACGUAG